AUGUCUAUGUACGUUCGACAAGUUUUUAGACUUGGUUUAUUCCGGCAUUCAUAUUCAUUCAUUUUUUCUCAAACCGUCCGAGCGACUCCCUCACCAUUACUAUCGCUAUCUCUAUCUCCAUUCUCCGCCACUGGAAAUAAGCGUGCUGCGAAAAAUUUACUAGCCUCUGUAGCAGGAACUACUGUUGCGUAUUGGUAUCUACAGUCAAACGUCGUUCUCGCUGACGCCCCCUCCAGUGAGCAUAAUUUCAUUGAGGAUCCUGAUAGUAAAGUGUUGUUUCCCAGAUGCAUUACACUCUGCGACGGAACUAAAGCCCGCGUAAUUGGACUGGGGGUCAGGACAGUGUCAUUUCUCAGUAUAAAAGUAUAUGUUGUUGGUUUGUAUAUUGCCGACAAUGACAUCAAAACGCUUAGGAAGUGGAAGGAUUAUGACAAGGAAAAAUUCCUUUCAGCAGACGAUGAAUCUAUUCCGCUUGCAUUCGUUGAUCAGCCUGUUGAAAUUGCAAUUCGCGUGGUUCCCGUGCGCGAUACUAAUGGACAGCAUCUGCGUGAUGGGUUUACGAGAGCGGUUCUAGCUAGGAUGGAGAAAACUGAUCUGAGUGUCGAUGAGACAAAGGAAAUUCUGGAAGCAUUGACAUCUUUUAAAGCCCUAUUCCCAAAGUCAUCUUUCAAGGCUGGUACUGCGCUUGUGCUGACUAAACAAAAGGAUGGAAGUUUAAAAAUGGAAUAUCAGGAUAAGCAGCUUGGCAUUGUGAAUAAUAGCUGGUUGGCGAAGAACCUCAUCAUGGCCUACCUAGCGGCCAAGAGUCCUAUAUCAGAGAAGGCAAAGAUCAGUAUAGCAAAUGGGUUAGAAGAAUUCUUAGAGUCGUAA